CAGCCCUGGCCCAGCCUUCCACAGCGUGCUGGAGGCCCUGAGCUGGAGCUAGACGUUCUAGAGGAGGGGAGAGGAGCUUGUAACUCUCAGGUCGUUUCUCACAGAAGUCCUUGGGUCUCCUUUUACCUCCUUGUCCUCCCCCAACUCUCCCAGUCCCUGCCCCUCUCCAGGGUCCCUGUCCCUUUCCUUGGCACUUGGGAGCCCCCUCUGUGCCCUCUCUGCGUCCAGGAUGACCCAGCUGAGCCUGUCCUGGCCGGGACUGGGGCCGGUGGCAGCCUCCCUGUGGCAGCUCCCCUUGCUGGUUGGGGCUUCCUGGCUCUUGGCCCGAAUUCUGGCCCGGAUCUAUGCCUACUAUGACUACUGCUGCCGCCUCCGAUGUUUCCCACAGCCUCCCAGAAGGAACUGGUUUUGGGGUCACCUGGGUAUGGCAAAGAACAACGAGGAAGGCAUGAAGCUGAUGGAGGACCUGGGCCACAACUUCCGCGAUGUCCACCUCUGGUGGGUCGGGCCCGUCUACCCAGUCCUGAGGCUCAUCCACCCUAAGUUCAUUGCUCCCUUGCUUCAGGCCCCAGCUACGGUUGCACCCAAGGACACGGUCUUCUACAGAUUCCUGAGACCCUGGCUGGGGGAUGGGCUCUUGCUGAGUGCUGGUGACAAGUGGAGCCGCCACCGUCGCAUGCUGACACCUGCCUUCCACUUUGACAUCCUGAAGUCCUAUGUGCAGAUUUUUAAUAAGAGUGUGAAUGUCAUGCACGCCAAGUGGCAGCGCCUGGUCUCCCAGGGCAGCGCCCGCCUGGACAUGUUUGAGCACAUCAGCCUGAUGACCCUGGACAGCCUGCAGAAAUGCGUGUUCAGCUUUGACAGCAACUGUCAGGAGCAUCCCAGUGAAUACAUUGCUGCCAUCUUGGAGCUCAGCUCCCUUGUAGUCAAACGGCACCACCAGCUCUUCCAGUACAUGGACUUCUUGUACUACCUCACUUCUGACGGGCAGCGGUUCCACAGGGCCUGUGACCUGGUGCACAACUUCACAGAUGCUGUCAUCCAGGAGCGGCGGCGCACUCUCGCCAGCCAGGGUGUUGAUGACUUUCUCAAGGCCAAGGCUAAGUCUAAGACUUUGGACUUCAUCGAUGUGCUCCUGCUGGCCAAGGAUGAAGAUGGAAAGGAGCUGUCAGAUGAGGACAUACGAGCAGAGGCUGACACCUUCAUGUUUGGAGGCCAUGACACCACGGCCAGUGGUCUCUCCUGGAUCCUGUACAACCUGGCGAGGCACCCGGAGUACCAGGAGCGCUGCCGGCAGGAGGUGCGAGAGCUCCUGAGGGGGCGUGAGCCUGAAGAGAUUGAAUGGGACGACCUGGCCCAGCUGCCCUUCCUGACCAUGUGCAUCAAGGAGAGUCUGCGCUUGCACCCCCCAGUCACUGUUGUCUCCCGCUGCUGCACGCAGGACGUUGUGCUCCCGGAUGCCCGGGUCAUCCCCAAAGGAACCAUCUGUGUUAUAAGUAUCUUCGGGAUUCAUCACAACCCUUCGAUCUGGCCAGACCCUGAGGUCUAUGACCCUUCCCGCUUCGACCCAGAAAAUCCACAGAAGAGGUCACCUCUGGCUUUUAUUCCCUUCUCGGUGGGGUCCAGGAACUGCAUCGGGCAGACCUUCGCCAUGGCCGAGAUGAAGGUGGCGCUGGCUUUGACUCUGCUGCGCUUCCGCGUCCUGCCCGACGUCGCCGAGCCGCGCAGGAAGCCGGAGCUGAUCCUGCGCGCAGAAGGCGGGCUGUGGCUGAGGCUGGAGCCGCUGAGCGCCGGGGCGCAGGGAGCCCCAACGCCUGGCCUGGGACCCAGCUGACCCCACCCACCCUCCUUUGCAGACUCUCAGGAAUAAACUGUGCUGCCACCUGUG